CAGGAAUCAAAUUCGAUUUGAUUUCAGUUCUCUUUCUGGCCGUGAUACAGAAUGGAAGAGGCUUGACAUCAAUUAUCCCAUAACCACCUGAUGGCGAGAGAAGGUAUCAACAAGGGAACGACGAGAUUGCGUCUCAUAGUGAGAGAAGCAAAGAAUCUUUACCGAUCCUCAAAUGCUCCGUGCAAUGCAUCCUGUUUGGUUCGAUUGUUCUCCAAGAACAGUGGAAUUUAUCAGGAGAGGGAUGAAGAUGAAUACACACGUUCAAUCUUCCGUAGCGCUGUUGAGCUUGAAACUUCUAAUCCCUUAUGGAAUCAAGUCUGUGAAUGGGACAUGGACGGCAAAGAAAAUGCCAUGAUAGAAAUUUCGUUGUGGGAUAGUGGGGCUCUACCUGAACAUGGGAAUUUGUCUCUGUGCAUUGGUCAGGCCGUGAUUAAUGUUGCUAAGCUCUCGUUUCCAAUGCAUGCCAAAAGGUACGAGCUUGAUGUGCAUGUCCGUCGAUCUUUUGCUUCCCCAAAGGCAAAGGUUUUGGUUGAGAUAGAUUACAGUUUGUUUCCAUCGGACGGGGGAGAAAAUGCAAAGAACAUGCUCAAACUGCCACGAGAUGAGUUUUCUCACUCUCAGAAAAGAUUGUGUCAAAGAUUGAAACUUGUAUCAUAUGAAACUGAGGAGAGGAUUGUUGAGGCCGGAACACCAGGGACUUCUGUAUAUUUCAUCGUUUCCGGACAGUGUGCCGUUGCCAUAAGCGGAAAAGUCGUCGCCAAAUUGAAUGCUGGUGACUAUUUUGGAGAGGUUGCGAUGCUGCUUUCAGAAACUCGGACAGCAGACAUUUUCUCGUUGACGAAUUGUGAACUGCUUGAGUUGACCAACACUGAUCUGUGGGAUGUGAUCAACGAAUAUCCAACUUCUGGAAACCACAUGUACAUGAGUUUAAAACGAACUGCAGUCGCUAGCAUGAAAAGAAACAUCGGUGCAAUGUGCGUCGUAGAAAGCCAUCCGAGCGCCAUGGAAAGCAACAUGGACCCUUUGAGUGCAUUGAAUUCAACGGACAGAAGACGAAGAGUCGCCCAAUGGCGUGAAAUCUACGAAUCUGAUAAGCCGAUCCCGGACCAAAUAUCAGAAUUCCCGGAUGUCGUAGAUGACAGCGUCGAUCCCAUGGCAGAGGCCAUGAAAAUAUCUGGGGUGGGGCAACAAGUUGUGAAUGUGAUUAGGAACAUGAAACUCUUUAUCGGAGCUCCAUUACGUGCGCAAGCACAGGUUGUAGCCAGGUUGAAAAGUAUCAUUUAUGAACAGGGGGACACAAUCAUUCAGGCUGGUGAUAUUGGAACUUGCAUGUACAUUAUCAACAAUGGUAAAGCUGAAGUGAUUGUCGACGAUAAAAGAGUGGCAGAGCUUGCAACUGGCACUUUCUUCGGUGAAGUCGCUCUGAUGGGAAAUCAGAAACGCACCGCCACCGUCAAGGCGAUGACCAAAUGUGAGCUGCUUCAGCUUGACCAAGAUGACGUGUGGACAGUUUUCAACAUGUUUCCCUCUAUGUACAAAACUUUAACCGAAGUGGCUGAGGCUAGAAUCAAGAAAGCUCAGCAAGAAUUCGAGAGUCCAGAUCCCAAUUCAAAAAGUUCAGAAAAUGACACGUGGAAGGACAAAUUGCGCAAACAGAAGAGAGGAAUCUUCAGAGUCAAAUUCCGUGCUCCGUUCGACAAAUUCACUCCUGAAGAGAUUGGAUCUACACAAAGACUUUCCUUCUCCGCGACAUUCAGUCACGUGAAGCUCUCCUGUCAUACGUGCUCUUCAGCCUGCAUGGCCUGCAAGAGUCGAUUUGCAGCAAAGAUUUGA